AUGGUGACAAAUGCACAGUGGCUGUUAGUUUUCGGAAUAACCGCCAUACAAUUUUCUGUAUUAAAAACGCAAGAACAAAAUGAAGUUAAAGAGGAACGCAAGAAGGCUCAAUCAAUAAGAGAUCUUUUCAAAACGGGAUCAUGUAUUCCACCGCCGUUCACAUGCCCUCACCCAAACAUGCUUUAUUAUUUAUACACCAGAACGACUCAAGAGAAAGGCGAGCUGCUGAACACACUUGAUAAUGACUCACUCACGUAUUCAAAGUUCAAUACGAAACAUCCUACUAAAAUUGUCGUCCACGGUUUUGGGGGUGGAAGGAAUUUGUCCCCCAGCACAGAUAUGAGAGAGGCAUACUUCAAAAGAGGCAAUUAUAAUAUAAUAAUCGUCGAUUAUGGCCCACUCGUUAAAGAACCUUGCCUCAGUCAGAUAGAGUGGGCCCCGCGUUUCGCAAGCAUGUGCAUAACUCAACUGGUGGAGUAUCUACAGUAUCACCCCGUGAAGUCGGUUCGUCCUGAGAAAGUUCACACUAUUGGCUAUAGUGUUGGUGCCCAUAUACUUGGUCUCGUUGCCAAUCAUCUUGCCGAAGGAAAACUUGGGCGAAUUACUGGAUUAGAUCCCACCAUUUUCUUCUACAUGGGCAACAAUAGAUCCAGGGAUUUGGACUACACGGACGCCUUGUUCGUUGAUAUCGUGCACACGGGGGCUGGUAUCCUCGGCCAAUGGGGUCCAAACGGGCAUGCUGACUUCUACGUCAACGGGGGCUCGAGUCAACCUGGAUGCGCACAUGAUACGAUUUUUCAGACUCUAUCUUGCGAUCACACAAAAGUAACUCCAUACUUCAUCGAGUCCAUAAACAGUCGAGUUGGUUUCUGGGCGGGGCCGUGUCCGAACCUCUUCUCUUACCUCAUCGGCUGGUGCGAGCCCAAGGAUACGGAGUACGUGCUUAUGGGUGAACACGUUACACAUAAAGCACGCGGAGUGUACUACGUUACCACAAAUGCAAAUCCGCCCUAUGCUAGAGGUUUCCCUGGAAAAGCAAGGCGAUUGAGAUCAGUGUCACCGUACAGUUGA